AUGUUUGAGGACCAAACCCCUGCAAGCAAUAUCGACUCCGCCCUGGACCUAGGAAAAGAAGUCUUGCCCGAAAAUGUACAUCUACAACAACACAACCGCCCGUCCACCAAUCUGACAUUCACUCGUAACAAGAAUAGCAGAUACACUCUUUGCCGGCGAUCGCGCAUCCGUGGCAUCCCACCGCUGGGUAUUGGCUUCCUUGACAUAGCCAACUCAGGCGACUUUGCUGCCAAUGUCUUCAACCACGUCCCGGUCCCAAUCUAUGCCGUCGUACUCAUGGCCAUCGGAGCCACUGUUGCUCUCGGCAUGUCUUUCUUGGCUUUCUCAGAUCUGAAGACCAGCUUGAAAAACGUCAAACUUCUCAGGAAAGAAAGGACGCUGCUAAAAGCAAUGGACAGCGACAGGGCUGCAGAGCUGGAACUUAACCAUCGAGACCUGGGGACGGAGAUUUUUGAUCGCGCGGGUGUCGACAUUGCUAUGGGUAUUGGAGCCUUUCUCAUCGCCAUUGGUACUUAUAUGGCCAUUGGGGGCGCGAACCCCAAGGUUUUUGUUGCAAGUAAUCUGCUGUCGGGCUAUAUUGGAAAUGCCCUGCCUGCUGUCUACGGUCUCUGCAAUAUCGGGUGGUCCAUCAAUGUCUGGAUUCGCGCACACAAACAAGUCAGUGCAGUAUAUAUACACCUGCAGGAUGGCGUUCCAAAAGACCUUCUUCUGCGUCGGGGAAGGGGGGUCCAGGAGCAUGCGAUACUGACGGCUGUCGUUUGUCUUGUUUCUGGUGCACUUUCAAUGGUCACCCCUACUCAUUGGUGGCCAUACCCC